UUUACCUCGAAGAUGGAAACCGUUCACCGCGAGAUCCUCAGGAAGAACCGCUCCGAUCUCGUGACAAGUAUACAACGUGUAGAAGAUGUGGUCGACAAACUGAUGCAGUUUGGUGUGCUUACUUGUUUCAUGAAAGCUGAGAUUAUUGAGAAACCACGGACGUCUUUUGAUCGGGUCAGAGAAUUGUUAGAUAUGCUUCCUAGACGGGGCCCUCAUGCUUACACCCUAUUCUGCAAAGCACUGCAGGAAUGUGGAGAGAUACAAGCGAUGACAUUGCUGGGGGUAGAGACUGACAAGCAGAUGACAGAACUACAGGAUCCCAGAUGUCAUUUACAUCUGGGGGACAACGUCUAUGUGACAGCCAAGACAUGGGAUGGCGUAUUGAACAUUCAUGUGAGGAAGUAUGAAGUAUACCCGGGUGGCACGGCCUAUCCAACCAAGCGAGGCAUUGUGCUUACCUUGAAACAUUGGGUGGAUCUCCCAGGAGCUAUUCGAUUCAUUGAGGAGGCUGUCAACGAAGGGAAACCUAACCCACAGUGGCAUUUGGGAGCUAAUGUGUUUGUUGCGAUGGAUAGUACGGGUAUAGAGAUUCGACAGUGUUGUUGGGAUAACUCUAUGCAAUCUAUGGUUCCUCGUGCCAAGGGUAUCCUGCUGUCCCUGGACCAGUGGAAGAAACUAGGAUACUGUGUGGAAGUGAUGCCUGAUUUUGUGCCCGAACUGAAGGGCAUGGUCCCCUGUAUGGCACAAGAGGAUCAUCAGAAUCAGAUGGGGUACCUCCAGUGUUCCUUUUGCAACCCCAAUGGACAUGACAUGUGGAGUAACUGA